AUGCUUCCAUUAAUUGGAAAAACAAUCAUCUUUGAUAAUUUUCCUGACCCUUCUGAUACAUGGGAAAUCAUUGAAACAAUCGGCAAAGGAACUUACGGGAAGGUUUUUAAAGUGUUGAAUAAGAAAAAUGGCCAAAAAGCAGCAGUCAAAAUUCUGGAUCCCAUACAUGACAUUGAUGAAGAGAUUGAAGCAGAAUAUAACAUCUUAAAAGCACUUUCUGAUCACCCUAAUGUGGUCAAAUUCUAUGGGAUGUACUUUAAAAAGGAUAAAAUAAAUGGAGAUAAAUUGUGGUUGGUUCUUGAGCUGUGCAAUGGAGGAUCAGUGACUGAUCUUGUGAAAGGAUUUCUGAAGAAGGGCAAGAGAAUGAGUGAGCCCGUAAUUGCCUAUAUUUUACGAGAAGCGCUGAUGGGACUUCAGCACUUGCAUAACAACAAAACUAUCCACCGUGAUGUAAAAGGAAAUAACAUCCUCUUGACCAAUGAAGGUGGAGUUAAGCUGGUAGAUUUUGGUGUGUCCGCACAGCUCACCAGCACCUGGCACUGUCGGAACACUUCUGUGGGAACACCAUUUUGGAUGGCUCCUGAGGUGAUUGCUUGUGAACAGCAACUGGAUACCGCGUAUGAUGCCCGAUGCGACACAUGGUCCCUUGGGAUCACGGCCAUCGAACUCGGGGAUGGAGACCCUCCUCUAGCUGACCUGCACCCCAUGAGAGCACUCUUCAAAAUCCCCAGGAAUCCACCCCCAAAACUAAGGCAGCCUGAGAUGUGGUCAGCUGAGUUCAAUGACUUCAUCAGCAGGUGCUUGACUAAAGAUUAUGAGAAACGUCCAACUGUGUCGGAUCUUUUACAGCAUAAAUUCAUUACUCAAAUUGAGGGCAAAGAUGUGAUGUUGCAAAAACAACUCAUGGAAUUCAUUGACAUUCAUCAGUAUACGGGAGGCACAGAAAAAGCCAGACAUGAACGUCUUCAUACAAAGAAAGGUAAUUUCUGCAGAUCUCUGAUUUCUAAUAUGAAGGAUGUAGAUGACUUAGCAACUUUAGAAAUUUUGGAUGAGAACACAGUCUCAGAACAACUUGAGAAGUGUUAUGCCAGAGACCAGAUUUAUUUGUAUGUGGGAGAUAUACUCAUUGCUCUUAACCCUUUUCAAAGUCUGGGCCUUUAUUCCCCAGAGCAUUCCAAAUUAUAUAUUGGAGCAAAGAGAAGUACCAAUCCUCCUCACAUCUUUGCAAUGGCUGACUUAGGCUAUCAGUCUAUGAUAACAUAUACUUCAGAUCAGUGCAUUGUUAUUUCUGGAGAAAGCGGGGCUGGAAAGACUGAAAGUGCUCAUCUUUUAGUUCAGCAGCUGACAGUGCUUGGAAAGGCUAAUAACAGGACCCUGCAGGAGAAGAUUUUACAAGUCAACAAUUUGGUGGAAGCGUUUGGCAAUGCCUGCACUAUUAUAAAUGACAAUUCCAGCCGAUUUGGAAAAUACUUAGAAAUGAAAUUUACCUCUUCUGGAGCUGUAGUGGGAGCACAGAUUUCUGAAUACCUUUUGGAGAAAUCCAGAGUUAUCCACCAAGCCAUUGGAGAAAAAAAUUUCCAUAUUUUUUACUACAUCUAUGCUGGUUUAGCAGAAAAGAAGAAACUAGCCCAUUAUAAAUUGCCUGAAAAUAAGCCUCCCAGAUACUUGCAAAAUGACCACCUCAGAACAGUACAGGACAUGAUGAAUAAUAGUUUCUAUAAAUCCCAGUAUGAAUUAAUUGAGCAAUGUUUCAAGGUCAUAGGUUUUACAAUGGAGCAACUUGGGAGUAUAUACAGUAUCCUGGCUGCAAUCUUGAAUGUGGGAAACAUUGAGUUUUCUUCUGUGGCAACUGAAUAUCAGAUUGACAAGAGUCACAUUUCUAAUCACACAGCUCUGGAGAACUCUGCCUCUUUGCUUUAUAUUCAGGCAGAUGAGCUACAGGAAGCUCUCACUUCCCACUGUGUGGUCACUAGAGGAGAAACAAUUAUACGACCCAACACUGUAGAAAAAGCUGCUGAUGUCAGAGAUGCUAUGGCUAAGACAUUAUAUGGGCGUCUCUUUAGUUGGAUAGUCAAUCGUAUUAACAGCUUAUUGAAGUAUGACACGUCACCAAGUGGAAAUGGUGAUGAACUGAGCAUUGGCAUUCUGGACAUAUUUGGAUUUGAAAAUUUCAAAAAAAAUUCCUUUGAACAGCUGUGCAUUAACAUCGCAAAUGAACAAAUUCAAUAUUAUUUCAAUCAGCAUGUAUUUGCUUGGGAACAGAAUGAAUAUUUAAAUGAAGAUGUUGAUGCAAGAGUUAUUGAAUAUGAAGAUAACCGGUCCCUCUUAGAUAUGUUUCUGCAGAAACCAAUGGGCUUACUGUCCCUACUUGAUGAAGAGAGCAGAUUUCCCAAGGCCACUGACCAGACUCUUGUAGAAAAAUUUGAAGGUAACCUGAAAUCACAGUAUUUCUGGAGACCCAAAAGAAUGGAACUUAGUUUUGGAAUUCACCAUUAUGCAGGAAAGGUCUUCUAUAAUGCUAGUGGGUUCUUGGCUAAAAAUAGAGACACUCUUCCAACUGAUAUUGUGCUACUCUUGAGGUCAUCAGAAAACAGCGUUAUUCGGCAACUGGUCAACCAUCCGCUGACAAAGACAGGUAAUCUGCCACACUCUAAAAGUGAAAAUAUAAUAAACUAUCAAAUGAGAACUUCAGAAAAAUCAGUCAGUCUAACAAAGGGUGAAACUGGAGAAGCCACACGUCAUGCCAGAGAGACGACCAACAUGAAAACACAAACAGUCUCGUCAUAUUUUAGAUAUUCUCUGAUGGAUUUGUUAUCCAAAAUGGUGGUGGGCCAACCUCACUUUGUCCGUUGCAUCAAACCCAAUAAUGAACGUCAGGCAAGAAAAUAUGACAGAGAGAAAGUUCUGCUACAGCUUCGUUACACAGGAAUUCUGGAAACAGCAAGAAUUCGAAGACUAGGAUACUCACAUCGGAUACUUUUUGCUAACUUUAUAAAGCGGUACCAUGUUCUCUGCUACAAGUGGAAUGAAGAUCCGCCAGUCAGCCCUGAUACCUGUGUCGCCAUUUUGGAAAAAGCUGGCCUUGAUAAUUGGGCUCUUGGAAAAACAAAAGUAUUCCUUAAAUAUUAUCAUGUGGAACAGUUAAAUUUAAUGCGAAAGGAAGCCAUUGACAAGCUUAUUUUGAUUCAAGCCUGUGUCAGAGGAUUCUUGGGGUCAAGAAGGUACCAAAAAAUGCAAAAGAAAAGGAAAGAGAGCGCAAUAAUAAUACAGUCAGCUGCAAGAGGACAUCUGGUCAGGAAACAAAGAAAAGAAAUUGUUAACAUGAAGAACACAGCAUUAGCGACCAUUCAGACUCAGAAUCAGGAACCUGACUACAAGAAAAAAAUUGAAAAUAAAAGGGAGUCUUUUGUGACGAAGCUGACAGAAUAUGCCAUCUCUGCUAAUGGAACAAUCAUUCCAGCUUCAAAUAAUAAAGGGAGAGCAUCUGUCGUGAAGACAUCUGCUUCCAAGGCUGAAGAGAAAAUCACUGAUGCUUUUGAGAGUAUCCACAAGGGAUGUCUAGUUCAUAACAAAAUUAGUAACAUGGCAGGGGAAGAGACCAAGCAGGAAUUGUACCUGUUGGAAGACCCUUGGGCAGAAGUAAGCCCCAAACAGAAAUAUGGCAGAGAUUUGGAAGAGAACAGUAAACUGAGGAAAAUGGAGAAGGAGGAUACUGUAGUCCCGAACUACUGUCAGAGAUUUACAGAAGAAAGGAAUUUUGAAGAGUCUAAAGCAGCCUGUGUAGGAAGGAAUGGCAAAUCAGAAAGGCCUAGCACCCCAGGACUUUGGCUAGCUGAGAGUGAGACUAAGCAGCCUUCUUUUAAAAAAUUGUUAGAAGCUGGUUGUAGCCAGAGAUCAGUUUAUAAAAAUGCAAAUAGCAAGGACAAAGAAAAGAGGACAUCAGUGGUCACCCAAAAUGCACCCUCAAGUGGCCAUGAGAAAAGCCAGUUGACAUGUGAGACAGUAAAAGAGAGACAAGUUGAACCAGUGACCUCAACCUGUGACGAAGAUAAAGCAGCGGUGUUCAUUCAGAGCAAAUUUCGGGGUUACAAGCGAAGGCAGCAAGUGAGGAGGGACAGGAUGUCUUCUUUUAAAAAUCAAAAGAUUGUUGCAUCACCCCCAGAAGCAGCAAGAGAUACUCACCAUCUGUUUUCCUAUCACACAAAACAUGAGGAACCUUGUAAUAUCAAGAUGAAUCAUGACGAUAUCUCAAAAAGAAUUUCAGAAAAAGAAGCACGUGACUUGACAAUUUUUUCAAAGCAGAUAUCAAAGGUGUCUGAAGAGUAUUUCAUUCUGCAGAAAAAACUGAAUGAAAUUAUUUUGUCGCAGCGACUGAAGCCUCUAUAUCUGGGUCUCUAUCCUCGUAAGCCGCUUAAUAGACGAGUUUCUUCUCAGCAUUGCCUCUCAGCCAUCUCUAAAGAAGAGCCAAAAAUACUGAGACCCCCAAGAAGACCACGGAAACCCAAAACACUAAAUAACCCUGAAGAUUCCUCAUACUACUACCUACUACAUAAAUCAAUCCAAGAAGAAAAACGAAGACCAAGGAAAGAGAGUCAGGGAAAAUUAUUAGAUUUGGAGGAUUUCUAUUAUAAGGAAUUUUUGCCCAGUCGUUCUGGACCAAAAGAACCUAUACCUAGUUUCAAAGAACGAAGAUCACACAGAGAACUCCCACAUCAUGGUUUUGAGGCUGAUAAAAGGUGCUGGGCGCGGGAGAGCAGAGAGGAGGAGGAGAUCCUGCUCGCGGCCAAUCCCUUCGACUACCGGAGGCUCCUGCGGAAAACCUCCCAGCGUCGGCGCCUGGUCCAGCAAUAG